AUGAUGCGGUACUCGGAGGAAGUCAAGAAGCUCGAGAUGAUGUGCCUGUCAGCCCUGGGCGCCAUGGAGCGGGCCGCCGCCGGCGGUGCCGGCCCCUCCUCCUCGGCGGGCUCGUCCUUUGUCGCGGUGUCGGACGGCUCGAGCUCCAUGAGCCCCUUUGUCGUCACGCCCGCGGUCGGAAGUAGUCCUGAGGCGACGGCGGCCUUUGCAGACAGGUCGUCGCUGCCAUCGGCAUCGUCGUCCUCGGCGCGCACCAGCUCGCGAGUCGCCUCAGCACCGCCCGUCCCCAACGCACUCCUCAAGGGCAUGCCUGGACGGGAGCUCUCGGCCUCCAAGACCGACGGCGCCGCCUUCGCCGGCGACCACGCCGCGCCGCCCAUCCUGGCGUACCCGGACGACCUGUCCACGACCGAGUUCGACCAGCAUCCUCUGGCCCGCGAGAUGAACCUCAGCUCCGCGGAGAAAGCACGCCUCGGCCUCAUCAUCCCCAAGCAGAUCCCCAGUCGAGACUUCUAG